AUGACAUAUCAUGGCAUAGCAGGAGGCGGAUCAUUCAUAAAUCUAAUCCAUGAUGAUUAUCGUCCAUUGAUGGAUGAACUUAAGGAGACAUAUCGCAGAAAGAUCAAGCCGUUGGAGACGACCUAUAACUUUGAAGGCUUUCAUUCUGCACCUCUAUCCGACAGUGAUAUCGAGGCAAAGCCUAUAGUUCUUCUCAUUGGCCAAUAUAGUACAGGCAAGACCACGUUCAUCAAGCAUCUUACGGAGUGCGACUAUCCUGGGUCUCACAUCGGAGUUGAGCCAACGACGGAUCGGUUUGUAGCAGUGAUGAAUGGUGUCGAGUCGCGUGUUAUUCCUGGAAAUGCAGCUGCAAUGACUUCAGACAUGCCCUUUCGUGGCCUUAACAAAUUUGGUCAAGCAUUUUUAACGCGGUUUCAGGUGUCUCAGUGUCCUGCGCCUUUAUUGGAGAACAUGACGCUGAUCGACACCCCAGGUAUUCUCGCGGGCAAUAAGCAGCGAAUUGAACGUGGAUAUGAUUUUACAAAGAUUAUAGAAUGGUUCGCAGAACGUGCAGACCUGAUCCUAUUGUUCUUUGAUUCUCACAAACUCGAUAUCUCGGAUGAAUUCAAAGCCUCAAUUCAUUCACUCAAGGGUCAAGAAGAGAAAGUACGCGUGAUCUUGAAUAAGUGCGAUAUGGUGAGCCAGCAGCAACUGAUGCGUGUUUACGGUGCUUUAAUGUGGUCCCUCGGGAAAGUCAUCCACACGCCCGAGGUCAUGCGUGUCUACUUGGGCUCAUUCUGGAUUCAUCGACCACCCAAUGUAUUCGAGGAUUGCCGUGGCCUGUUGGAUGCGGAGCAGGCAGAUCUGAUUCGGGAUUUACGUGAGCUACCUAGGAAUGCUGCUAUACGUAAGGUGAACGAAAUUGUGAAGAGGGCACGACAGGCUAAGGUGCAUGCAUACAUUAUUGGACAUCUCAAAAAAGAAAUGCCAGCAGUCUUUGGCAAGACCUCACGACAACAAGAACUUAUCCGUGAUCUCGACAAAGAGUUCCUCAAGGUUCAACAGAGCUAUGGUAUCCCAGAUGGAGAUUUCCCCAAUGUUGAGAAACUUCGUCAGUCUUUAAGGGCCUACAAGUUUGAAAGCUUUUCAAAACUUAAGGAGCCGAUUCUAGCGGCUGUAGAGGAGGCACUUUCGGUUGAUUUGCCCAAAUUGAUGCGUCGGUUCCCUCAGGGCAACCCAUUGUUGGAGCAAGCUCAGCGGAAUCCCUUUUUAAUCCCAGAACCAAAUGUGAAUAUGGGUAUUAGUGGCGGUAGUAGUAGCAUCAACGGUAGUGAGAUCCCUCCGAGUUACUGGCAUUUUUCUUCAAUCGACAAAGCAAGUUCUACGCCUGUCUUCAAGUCACUUCAUCCGGUAGAAGGCCGAGUUAAUGGCUCAACUACGAAACCUUAUUUGUUGAGUACAGGUCUUUCGACCGAGAUUCUGGCCAAAGUAUGGGCAUUGGCAGAUUGGGAUGCAAAUGGCUAUUUGGACGAAAACGAGUUUGCAGUGGUGAUGCAUCUGAUUCGGGCAGUGGAACAUGGAGGUGAAGGAGUUUUACCCACUACAUUGCCUCGCACCAUGAUUCCAUACGCGUAA